UAUUAAUGCAUAGUAAAAGAAAAACUUAUAAAAAAAAUGAUGGAUGUAUUUAUUACAUAAUUUUUUUGAUUUCUUAUUUCAAAAAAUAAGUAAAAAACAAUAGAUAGUGAAACUUUUAACUCAUUUAAAAUAGAUUUAUCUAAUUGGAUAUUAAAAUGGAUGAUGACAAUGUAAAUGCUUAUAAAAUUUUAUCUUCAUUUAAUAUGGAGUCUGAUGCUGAAAUUUCUUCAAAAUUGAUCAAUUUCGAGUACUCAUCUACCGAAGAUAGUAUAAUGGAAUUGUUAAGUUCUAUAAAUGGAAUUGGUUAUGAAAUUGAUGAUAAUGUUUUUGCCUUGCCCAGUAUGUCUGUUGAAAAACUUGCAGAGAGAAAAACUAAAAUUAUUAAAAGUCAUCAUGAGUUAGCUAGAAGAUAUUUUCAUACUUUAACAUUUUCUAAAAAAUUACAGAAAAAACUCAGUUUGUUGAACCUUUUGUAUGAUAUUAUUCAUGUGAAAUACUACUCCUCAAAAGAGGAUAAAAGUGUUCAACUUUCUAUGGUACCACAAAAUUCUUUUGAAGAAAUUGCCAAACCUUGUUCUAAAUUAACAGGAUCACAAGUGCUUUUACAAAUAGCAGUGAAAACUGGACUUACAAUGUUUUUUACAUUAUUGAAACAAAGUUGGGAAAACAAAAGUACUAAUGAUAUAAGUAUGGGCUUAGAAGUGCUCAAUACAGCAUUAAAUGUCAUGAGACAAUUAAGUCCUUUAUCUUUAGGCAGUAAAGCAGAGUUGUCUCAACUUGGUUUGGAAUGUUUAGACAAUGUUAUGCAUUUUGUAAAAGAAUGUAUUAAUGCUGAUUAUAUUAAAAAUGUUCAAGUUAAAGAACAACUUGCUGAAUUGUCAUUGUUAUUAGCUUAUCAACGUGAAUCAUUAAUUUACUUAUUAGAAUGGAUUGAUAUGGCAUUGAAUAUAACUUCUGUUUGUUUGCCAUUUGAUAAACUUUAUAAUGUAUUAGAAGAAAUGUCAUCAAUACUAACGUUUGCUUUAGGGCUAGAGGAAAUUGAAAACUAUCGAUCCAUGAAUAAUAUACCAUUAAAAGAUGUUGCGUUGUUAUUAAUGAAAAAACUUGUAAAUUUUGGUGAAACUUCUGUAGUUCGUACUCCUUUAAAUCAAAACUCUGCUGACUUACCUCAGCCAAUCAGUGAAGUUUUUAUGUGGGGGAGUAAUUCCUCAAAUCAACAUGCUGAAGGUGCAACAGAAGUAACAGAUGUACCACGACUUGUUAGAUCAUUAUCAGAUGUACAGCACGUUGAAGCUGGGCAAUAUUGUACAUUUAUUAUUGAUACUAAAGGUUGUGUAAGUGCUUGUGGAAAAAACAGUUAUGGUCGUCUUGGUUUGGGCAAUUCAUCUAAUCAACCAGUGCCUAAAAGGAUUAACAUAAACUGUAAAAUUAAACAAGUAUCUUCUUCCAAAGGUUGUGAUGGUCAUUCUUUAGCAUUGAGUAGUACAGGAGAAGUUUUUAGUUGGGGAGAUGGAGAUUAUGGGAAGUUAGGGCAUGGGAAUGUUACAACUCAUAAAGAACCUAAGUUGAUUCAAGGACCUUUUAUUGGUAAAGUUAUAGAACUUGUAAGCGCUGGAUACAGACAUAGUGCUGCAGUUACUAGUGAUGGACAAUUAUAUACUUGGGGUGAAGGAGACCACGGUCGUUUAGGUCAUGGUGAUUGUACUCCACGCCUUAUUCCCACACUUGUUAAAAGUCUAAAUGAUUUGCCAGUUGGUUAUGUAGCUUGUGGCUCUACUCAUACCUUAGCGUGUUCACGUGAUGGUAAUACUGUCUGGUCAUUUGGUUCAGGUGAUAAUGGUAAACUUGGACAUGGUAAUACAUUAAGACUUUAUAAGCCACAGAAGAUUGAAGGUUUAAGACAUUAUAAAAUAAAAAAAGUUGCUGCUGGCAUUCAUUUUUCAGUUGCACUUACUUGUACUGGUGAAGUAUUUACUUGGGGCCAAGGAUCUAAUUUAGGAUGUGGUUCAGCAGAGAUAACAUUAUUUUCCCCAGCAGUUGUUGAGGAUUUAAUACAAACUAUGAUAAUUGAUAUUUCGGUUGGAGAUUCACAUUGUUUAGCAUUAACAAGAAAUUGCGAGGUUUAUGCUUGGGGUUCCAAUGGUAAAGGACAAUGUGGUCAAGGUCAUUCAACUAGUCCUGUUAGUCGUCCAAGCAAAGUAAUAAAUUUAGAAGGAAAACAAAUUAAUCAAAUAUCAGCUGGAACUUCCCAUAGUGUUGCUUGGACUACAUUACCACCUGAUAGACAAACAAAUGUAUGGCAUAGUCCUUUUUGUAUUGAUUUACACGAAAGUACAUUUAAAUGGUUGAGACAAUUCAUUGAGAAAUAUUGUGAACAAGUUGAAAAUUGUCAAACUUCCCAAAAUAACCUUAACGAAGAAAUGUUAAUUUUGAGUUUAAAUAUGCUCAACAAUCAUCUAUUUUUUGCUCGAGUAUCCGGUCAUAAAUUUUCCAAACUUUUGGGUAAUGAAACUAGCCAAUUGAGAACACUUUUAUUGAAACUUGUAGAUUUACAAGUAAAAGAAGUUGUAGAAAAAAGUUUAAUGGAUUGUUUAUCAACUGGUGCUUCGCUGCUAUUGCCUCCUUUAUCUGGUCGUCUUAAUAUACUUAAAUCACUUCUUGCUCAAGAAACACAUUUAACUAAAGGACAAAAACUUCUUUUAGAUGUUACUGUGUCGAGUUUAAAUGAUAAUAGCCACAUAAGUGCAUUAUUUCAUAUAAAUUCAAUAGAUUUGUAUGAAAACCGUUAUUCAUCAAUUGAAGAAGUUAUGAAACUACUUUUAAAACAUUUAACUGAUAGCACUAUUACUUUAUUACAUUCAAAUAAUUUUACUUCUUUCAAGAAGGAAAACAAACUGGACACAACUCUUUCUUCCUUACAUAAAUUGUUGUUAUCACAUUUAUUAGCUUACAACUUGAAGUCUUACCAUUCUAGCAAUUUCUGUCUAAGUAUGAACCGCCUUUUAAUAAAUCAUUUAGAAUCAUAUUUGAUGUUUGCUAAUAAAUUAUUUUCUGAAGCUGCAAUAUCUUAUAAAAGUGGAUUCCAUCUAUUUUAUGAAGCUAUUUUGGGACAAUCAAUUGUUGGAGAAACUAUGAUAAAUACUAUAAAUUCCUUAACUUUUAUUCAAAGUGAUCAUGUUCAAUCAAUUCUAACAACAUUAACUAAUACUGUCCAAUCAUUACAUGAGUUAAACCAAAAAAUGUGUUAUGAUAUUUCAGAUCCUGAAAAAUCGAAUGAUACAUUGUGGUUUAUUGAAUUAGAAUCAUCUUUUUGUUUACUUAUUGGUCGUCUAAUAUCACAAUCUAUAAUUAGUUCACCAUUAUGCCUAUCAGAAAUAUCAAAUGAACAUUGGUUAAAAAAUAAAUUAUUUUCAUCUGGUAUUGAAAAAUUAGAUGACAACAGUAUAUUUGAUGAUGUUGAAGAACGGUUAAAAACAGUUAUAUCAAAUGGAUUUUCUACAGUUGAGAAUGAGUUACAUUUUAUACCACAACCUUACUUAAAAUUACUUAAGUUUAUUUUAAAUAAAUAUGAACAAAAUGAUGACGACUCAAUUAUAACUGUUUGCAAAAAUUUUAACGACAAAUAUGAUAGCUUUUUAGUUGAUCAAAAAUAUGCAACAAUCAAACGUUUAACAUUACCAUUGUAUUAUGUUGCACUUAUUAAAAUUGAUGGACGGCCAUUGAAAGAAUUUAUCUUAAAUAAAAAGCUAUUAUCAUUUAUUAAUGAAUUGUGUAUGAAAAUGUUUUGUGCUCUAGUGAAUAGCUUUGAUAACAUGACAAUAACUUCUGAAAAUAACAAGUUACCAAAUGUUAUAUUGGAUGAAUAUUUAUGUUUUAAUGUUUCAAGUAAAUGUUGUUUUCUAUUAACAGCUGUUCGAGGAAUACAUAGUGAUCCUUCAAUUCUUAAUAAAUACACUUCGAAAGAUGAUCUUACUCCUACUAACAAAUCACUGUUAGAAUCUGUGUUGGAAUUCGUUUUGGAUUUUAAACAAGCGACAAAUCCAUAUGCGUUGAUACAAGCUUCAGAAAUUGAAGAAAUUAGAGCACAUGAUCGUUUAGCAGCUCUUAAUCGUAUAACAAGGAUGUUAAAAAUUAUUGACUUUAUUCAAGAUUCUUCAAAUCUUAUUUCCUUGUCACACAUGUGUAAAGUUUUUGAAGCCUUCACUUGUGGUUUACUAGGAUUGUGUCAUGUACAAAAUAUUGGCCAUAACAUAAUUGACCAUUAUUAUUCAGCUAUUAAUACUGUUCCUAGAUCAAUUAAAAAACAAAUUCAAAAUUCUAUUCUUAAUAUAUAUAAACAUUUUGAGAUAUAUCUUAGAAUGAGUGUUCCAACUACUGAGCUAUUUUGUAUACAAAUAAGUGUACUCUCAUUACUUAAUAUGCAUUUUACUUUAUCAGAUUUUGAAUACUUGCUUUCAAAUAAUUUACCAGAAAUGUUAGUUAAUAUUUGUAAACUCCAUAUUCCUUUUAUGUCUACUGACAGAUAUUCUUUAGUUUUGGUAAAAAUGACUAGUAAUAUUUUAUACAUAUUGGCAUCAUCUGGGUGUAAUGCAAAAACCAGUUCUGAAAGUAUCAAAGGAGUUUUUAUUAGUAUACAUCAUCUUUUAGAUAUUUUUAUUAAUUCAUCUCAAUGUUCCAUCAUGGAAAAUACUUUUCCUGAAGUUUUUUGUAGCAAGACUUUGAUUGAUGGGGAUGAUGCAUCAGAAUCAUUUCCAGCACAAAAUUAUAUAUGUGAUUUAUUAUCAUUUGUAUUACAAUGCUCAUCAUUUUCUCCAAUAUGUAUUAGCUCUCAUGAAUGGACUGAAACACUUUUAUAUUUAGCUGACUGUUCUAAAAUUAUGCUAUUACCAGAACUAUUUAGAUGCAAAUUAUUAAUACUUAGAUUAUUAGGCCAAAAUUUACCAAAUUUAAAAACAACUAGUAGCACUCGUAAAAAAAUUGUAAAAACAUUAUUAAAACAGUUAGCUAAAAAUAUGUGGUUAAUUCCUCAACAAGUAGAAAAUAUGACAGCCUUUUUAAAACAAGAAGAUUUGGACAGACAAAUGGGAAACAUAUGUUUAAAUGAUCCUAAUGAAUUGGGUAUGUGUGAUCAAAGUAUUGAUGUUGGUGAAUUACCUUUUUCAUUUCACGAAGAAAAAAGUUUCAAUUGUAUCAUAGAAAAUGGCCACACAGUUAUUCAUGCACAUGGUGGGAGGGCAUAUGCUUUAGGAUGUACUCCAUUUGAAAGUGGAGUAUACCAAUGGAAAUUUUUUUUAUUGAAAGAACACAAAGGAAAUGAAGGAUCGUGUAUUGGUAUUUCAAAAUAUCCAAUUAAAGAUCAAAACUAUAGAACUACUACUGAUAUGUGGUUAUAUAGAGCGUACAAUGGUAGUUUAUAUCAUGGUGGUCAAAAACCUCUUGUUUUAAAAACAUUCACCCAAGGGGAUUAUAUCACAGCUAUUUUAGAUAUUGAAGCUAGAACAUUAAGUUUUGCCAAGAAUAAUGAUUAUCCAGUUGUGGCAUUUCAAAAUAUAGAUACUAAAAUUAAACUUUAUCCUUGUGUACUAUGUUACAGUACAGCCGCUGGGCAAAAAAUUAAAAUUAGUGAUUAUAGAGCUGAACGAAAUAAAAAUAGUGAAUUAUUUCCUGGAGAACCUUAUUUAGCCCCUAUGUUUACCUGUAUUGUUGAAAAAUAUGUGGAAAUAAUUCGCAUGUUACAUAAUCUUGAUCAAUGGCUUAAUGAAGUAAAUGUAUGUUUACUGGAUCAACUUUCAUAUCUUAGAGAUACUUUUCCUGAAGUAAAUUUUAAAGAUAGAAAGUUAGAUAUAUCUGAAAUGAAUCAAAGAGAGCCAAUUUGUGAAAAAAUAAAUGAUAUUAAUAUUAAUUUAUUAUGUGAAAAAGUUUGGCCUGCAUUAGCUGUCAUCGGUGGAAUUGAUCGUGGCUUAAGAGUAGAUGGAAUAUGUUAUGAUAUAGAACAGAAAUCAUUUGGCACAAUUUUAGGAACUCUUAAAAAAGGUUUUACUACAGCUAAAGUUAUGUGGGAAGAUAAAAAUGAUACAGUCAGCGACAUAUUAUUUCAUUCCCUAUUGCCUUGUAAUAAUACAAAAUUUAAUUCUUCACGUUUAGAGAAUUUGCCUUCUUUAACAUUGUAUUCAAUAGGACGAUUGAGUGGGAUUACAAAUGAAUUAAUAUUUGCAAAUCAAACUUUUAAUAAAGUAACAGAAAGCUCUUUAGAAGAUAAUUCUUCUAAAUCUUUAGACAUGUUUUCUAGUCAAAUGAUCAUGAAUAUUAUGGACCAGAUAUCCGAAAUAAAAAAUACAAAAAAUCAUAAAAAUAGUGCAUCUGGUUCAAAGUCAACCACGGAUCUCGAAGAUUCUUAUAAUAAUCUUUUAGCUCAUGAAACAAAUAUGUUUAAAAUGUGUUCUCUACAAAUUAGUGCAUUAAAAAGUUUAGAGGUAAUAAUGACAAGCUUUGUAAGUAUAGAUAUGCUAGUCAAUCCAAAAAGAUCAAAAUAUUCAACUGAUGCUAAUAAAAAUGCCAUAAAAGAAUACAAAAAAAAAUACCGUAGAGAUGUUGAUGAUAAUGAUAAUUAUAGAAAUAGUAUUUUGUUAUUUUUAUUUAGGUGUGCUUUUGAAAAAAGUUUAUGUUCUCAGUACUUAGUUAUUGAAACAGAUAUUGUUGAAUGUGAAAGAAUAUUGAACAUACUUUAUAAUAACUAUCUCAAAGAAUGUGCAGAAAAUAAAUAUAAAAUUCCAGAUUUGCAAAAUCGUUUAAAAACUCUUAUAAGCUUUCAAGAAAGCAAUAAUUUACAACGAAGAGAAUCUAUUUCUGGAGAAACAUCAAGAAAUACUGAUGAUCCGCCUAGGAGGAUUGUCCGAUCUCGGCGUAACAUGCUCCAUCGAUCAAACACUAUUUAUAUGUGCCCAAAUAAUAGUAUUCUUGGGAAUAGUAAUAAUUCAUCAAAUGAAAAUAAUGAAAGAGUUCCAGCUAUUGCUACUCCUUUAAUUGAAAUGGGAUUUUCUGCCAGACUAGUUCAGCGAGCAAUUAACGCUUUAGGCAAUACUUGGGAAAUGAUGCCACGUAAUGUUGCUAUUAAUAGUUUAGCUACAUGGAUGAUAGAACAUCCAUGUAUUCAAGAAACUAAUGUGGAAAAUACUGCAGACAAUGCAGAAAACAGAUCAUCGAUAUCUACUACUUUAAGACUACCAAAUUAUGGAUCUCGUUUUGAGAAUCCAACAGAUGAAAGUAUUGAAAGUUCUGUUGAUUUAUUGUCACAUAGAAGAGUAGUAACUUCAAGAAGACGCCCAAGAGAACUUAUGACUGACUCUUCUUCAAAUAGAGCAUCUGGUUUACUUGUUAAUAAUGAAUUGACUGAAGAUUCUAUUAAUAGAGUAAUGGCUAGCAUGCAUGCCUUUUCAUCAGAUGUUGAACAACCUGAAUCACCCCCUGAAACCCCUCCACGUGUACAUUCACCCAGUUUAGAUAUUGUUACUGGAGUUUUUGAUUCAAUUAGAUCUCGGUUAGAUGGUACUUCAAUGCCAUCAUCUAGUCAAAACUUAGGAUCUAAUACUUUUGGCGAAACUAGACAAUUAUCAGAAAUAAUUUAUCCUGAAACUUUAAGUUCAAUAACACAAAGAGCACCAAAUGAUUCUUCUUGUACUAAUUGUCAAGAGAAAAUUGAAAAAUUAAAAAACAUUGAUUUCAUUAAACCAAAAAAAUCUUUACAAGCUGAUUGGAAUAUAGUAUCUAAUUUGAUGAAUCAUUACAACUACUGUGAUAAACCAUUUAACUUGGAUUCAAUUCAUGAACAGUUAAAUUCAUGUCAGUUCAUAUCUGACAGUGUUGAAGAUAAUACAAUGGAUCAACUUGGUAUUGAAAUAGUUCCACGUAUUUCUACAAAUGAGUGCAGUUCAAAUGAUAGCAUAUUUCAAAAUUCUCCAAUUUUCAAAUUUUUAUCUUUGGAAGUUGCUUUGAUGACCAAUUCAGAAGAUCGUUGUAAAACCAUUAAUCGAACGCUUCACACAAUGUUACAUUUGGGAUCUAGAAAUAUUGUUUUAAAUACAUUGAUGUCCCUUAUAAAUUGGUCUUUUGAGACUGAAGAUGUUGUUACUUGGAAAUUAGAUGAAUUAGGUUUUACAAACGUCACCAAAAUCGUGCAAUUUUUGAGACUGCUACUUAUUUUAAAUAUUUGGACUGAAAGAGAAUAUAAAGAAAAUCAAGUUUUACCCAAUGUAUUAGAAAGGAACACCCUUGAACUUCUUUCACGAAUUACUAUUGCAUUGGCCGAUAAUUUUCAACCAUCUUAUAAUUUAAUAAUUUCUAUCAUUGUUCAGGAUAUUUUUACUGUUGCGACUGAAGGAGUUUUAAAUUUGCGUUAUAAUAUAAAAAUUACCAAAUUAAUUGUUAAUGAACUAGUAAAAAAACUUGAUAUUUUUUCAAAAUAUGAUGAGCGUAAUGUCGUCAGUAGCCCAAAUGAAAAUGAUAAAAUACCAUCAUGUAAAAUGCUUAUAAAUGCCUUAUCAGCUUGUAUAUUAUCACAUGUAGUUAGCAAUGAUAUAAAACAUUGGGCUUGCAAACAAUUGGUAAAUAUACUAGUGAAUAAAUCAGCUCUUCAAAAGCUUUCAGUAUUACAAAAUGAGUCAGAUUUUCCUGGUGCUUUAAAAAGAUGUCCUAUAAUUAAAUUAGAAGGCCAUGAAAACCGUAUAAAUCAUGUUAUAUGGCAACCAAAGCAAAAAUUACUUGCAUCAUCUGGUUUCGAUGGAACUAUGAGAUUGUGGAAUAAUCAGUUAAGUCUAGAAACUACAUUGAUGUUUUUUAAAUCAUCAGAUGUGUAUGGUAACGAUUUGAAUGGAGAACUUAUAUCAAAACUUGCAUGGUCGCCAUCUGGAUCAUGUAUUGCUGCUUCAAUGGAAGGAACUUUAAAUAUUUAUACAAUUAAACGAACUAUCUGUGAUGAAGAUGAGACAGGUUUGUCUACACAUACAAGAGAUGCUUGGAUAACAGCCUUAGCAUGGUCUGGAACAACAACAAAAAAUUCUUAUGAUUUCCAGACCCAAUAUUUAUUAGUCGGAGGUGUUGAUGGGUCUGUCAAUGUUGCAACUGUGGAGUGUUUAUCUAAAAUAACCUAUGAAAAAUUAAAUGAUUUCUGCUGCUCAGGAGUUCCAGUAUCUCAUAUAGCAUGGCAUGAUGACUUAACAUCAUUUGCAAUAGCUUUUUCUUCUGGUACUAUAAAAAUUGGUCAGAUUCAAAAUCCCACUCAACCAGAAGUUUUAACAGUCUGCCAAAGUCCUAUAACGACUUUGCAAUGGUCUAGAGCUUUUGAAAUAUUGUCUGUAAGUAAUGUAGAAGACUCGAGUGUAAAACUUUGGGUGAAGAAACAAAAUUUUUGGGAAAUUUUUCAUGAUUUAAAUCAUUCUAAUGAACCAACAUGUGUAGUUUGGUCUCCAGUUGUUGGUAAUAAGGGUUUAUUACUCUGUGUUGGAACUGUUGUUGGUACUAUUAAUGUUUGGUUAAUACCAACACCAUUUUCCAAGCAAAAGCCAAAAGUUCUCUAUUCUUUUCAAGGACAUAUGUUUAACUCUGUGACUUCAAUGGCUAUUCAUAAUAGUGGCCUGGUACUUGCAUCUGGUUGUAGUAAAGGGACUAGUGGAGUAGUAAAUAUUUGGUCACUUUUUGAUGGAAGUUUACUUAACACCCACACUGGUUCUGGUGGUGUAGAUGAUUUAUGUUGGAUGGAUGACCAAUUAGGUCUUGCUGUUUGUUUUGCCCGUUCCAAGGAUGUUACAGUUAUUCAAUUUAGUGCAGAUAAUUUGAUGCAUAACCGUUUUGAAUCAAAUGCUCGUAGUGCAUUAUAUAGACGAAGACUUCACGAUAUUCAAUAUUUCCGUAAAUUUGUCCAAUCAUUGCCUGAAUUAUUGCAGCUUCAAAUGAAUCAUGAAAAACAUAAAGUAUUAAUGGGUGAUCGUCUAUUAUAUAGUGAUUACUUAAAAGGCCUUAUUGCCAUUGCCUUAGAAAUUUGGCCAGAUCAAACUUUUUGCUUCCCUUUUGUGCCACCUAAUUCGAGCCACAGUAUUGAAUUUUAUGAAGAAUGGCAAUGGUUGCAAAGAUUAAUAAUGGUUUUAAAUACAUCAAAAGCUUUGUUAACAAGGAAAAAUUUUCCUGAAACAUUUAUUAAUUAUUUUUCAAGUGACAUUAACGAAGAGAAUUGUGACUCUUAUUUGUGGUUAGAAGCUAUUAAUAAUACCACAUGGACAUUUGAAGCAGAUAAACAAAUUGUUCAGUGGUUCAAUACAACACCUCAUGACUGGCAACCUUACACAAAAUGUGAUGCAUACCUUUGGGGAAAUGGACGUAAUGGACAAUUGGGAGAAAUAGCUGUUGGUCAAUCUUUAUGGUCUCCAAAACAUAUGCCUAAUUUUAAAAUAGCUCAAAGAAUUAUUUGUGGACAAAACUGUACAUUUGUAUUGACUAGUCAGGGUACAGUCUUCUCUUGUGGUGAAGGAAAUUAUGGUCGUCUUGGCCACGGCCAUUCUGAUAGUUUACCCAACCUUACUAUGAUAUCAGCCUUGCAAGGAUUUGUAAUAAUUCAAAUUUCUACUUCUAUUGGUUCUGAUGGUCAUAGCCUAGCUUUAACAGAAACUGGAGAAGUUUUUUCGUGGGGUGAUGGUGAUUUUGGAAAACUAGGACAUGGAAAUAAUGAACGACAGCGUAAACCAAAACUUAUUGAAUCUCUUUAUGAUGUUGUUGUUAUUCAAGUUGCAUGUGGACAUAAACAUAGUGCUGUAUUAUCUCGAGAUGGUGAAGUUUAUGUAUUUGGUAGUGCAGAACAUGGAAAACUAGGGCUUGGAGGCCAUACUAAUAAGAAACGGCCAACUAAAAUUAUUCAUAAAGGCUUUCUUAAUGUCAAAAAUGUUGCAUGUGGACAAAAUCAUACUGUGUGUGUUGGAGAAAAUGUUGUAUGGUCAUUUGGUGAAGGAGAAGGAGGAAAAUUGGGGAUCGGAAAUAAACAAGAUAGUUACAUUCCACAACUUAUUGUAAGUUUGACUGGUAAAAAUAUUAAAAAAUCAUUUUGUGGAAACCGGUAUACUUUAUUCCUCUCUGAAGAUGGUGAACUUUAUUCAUGUGGAAUAGACAAUUUAAAUGAUGCACAAGAUACCAUAUAUCAAGAAAAAUUAUACCCAGAAAAGAUUUUUGAGUUUCAAGGGCACUUUGUUAAAGAUGUAGCUACUGGUCCUGAUCAUGUAUUAGCUUUGACUAAUUCUGGUAAUGUGUGGGCUUGGGGUAAUAAUUGUGAAGGUAUUCUUGGAUUUGGUCACAAUUUACCUGUUCAUAAACCUGAAAUAGUUAAAAUUCUAUCUGAUAAAAAUAUCCAACAAAUAACUACAAGUCGUACUCAUUGUGCUGCAUGGACAGCAGAACCUCUUGUAAGUGAAUCUACAAAUAUUUUUCAUAAAGAUUUACCUACAUCUAUACCUUAUCAAUAUGGUCAUUUACAAGACUACAAAGUGAAUGCAAUAGCUGCUAGAAUGAAAUGCUUACAGCAGUUCUCUAAUAUACUGUAUACCUGCUGGCAGAUGAUACCAUUUAAUUCUCCCGAUUUUGAUUGGAGUAAUAUUAAGCGAUGGCAUUGGCUAUCAGAUAAAAGACUAAAAUGCUUAUUUACUAAUAAAAUUGUUAAACUUCCAUUAAUGAAAGUAAUAAGUCGAACAAUGAAUCAAGGACAAAAUUAUGGGCCACAAAUUAUUGUUAAACGUCUAGGUAGUAAUGGUGCAAAUAUUUCUAUUUUUGAACAAGUGGCUAAACAAAUUGUUAACAUCAAUCCUGAAUUAUUAAGAUUACCAUCAAGAGCAUGGAAGGUAAAAUUAGUCGGAGAGGGAGCUGAUGAUGCAGGAGGUGUGUUUGAUGAUACAAUUGCCCAAAUGGUUGAAGAACUUCAAACACAAACAAUUAAAUUAUUAAUAUUGACACCAAAUGGACGUAAUGAAACUGGUUAUAAUCAAGAUCGCUAUUUGUUUAAUUCAAAAAUGAAUCAGUUAAAACAUCUACAACUGUUCCAAUUUUUAGGUAUAUUAUUUGGUGUUGCUAUAAGAACCAAAAAACCUUUAGCACUUCCUUUGUCACCAUUAAUAUGGAAAAUGAUUAUUGGAGAAUCAUUAAAUAUGUCUGAUCUUGAAGAAAAUGAUACUUAUUAUGCUCAAAACUUAACUAGUAUACAAAAUAUUCACCAGACUGGGGUGACAGAAGACAAUUUUGAAGAAGUUAUACCAUAUUUAUGUAUGACUGGUACAAGUUGGACAGAACAAACUGUUGCUUUAAUUCCAAAUGGUCAUUAUGUACCUGUUACAUAUUCAAACAGACUAAAAUUCUGUGAAUUAGCAUUAAAACAACGGUUCCAUGAAAUGGAUGAACAAAUAUUAGCUGUUAGAAGAGGUCUUGCUGCUCUUGUUCCAUUACCAUUACUUACGUUUCAAACUGCUGAUAAUUUAGAACGCAUGAUUUGUGGACUACCUGAUAUAUCAAUACCAGUAUUAAAGACUAUUGUUAGAUAUAGAGAAAUGGAUGAAAACUCACAAGUUGUUCAGUGGUUAUGGGAAAUUUUAGAUGGAUUUCAAGAUUCUGAAAAAGUGUUAUUUUUGCGUUUUGUUUGUGGGCGAUCUCGUUUGCCCUCAAAUUUAUCUGACUUUUCUCAACAUUUUCAAAUAAUUAAAGUUGAAGAUAAACUAGAUGGCCUUCCAACAGCUCAAACAUGUUUUUUUCAAUUAAGAUUAACUGACUAUAGUAGUCAAAAAAUAUUUGAAGAGAAACUUAAGUAUGCUAUCAAUAAUUGUCGUACUAUAGAUAUGGAUAAUUAUAUGUUGUUUCGAAAUGCAGAUGUUGAUUCUGAUGAAGAUCUUCCAUACAAUAUUUAAUUGCAACUACAUAUAUUUAAAUAUAUAUGUACAUAGAUACUUAAUUAUAAGAAAUAUUUUAAAUGUCUUAAUUUAUAAUUAUAUGUCUGUUGUAAUUAACAAAUGAUAUAUUUAUAGACAUUAUAAUCGUAGAGAAACUAUAAUCAAAUACCCAAACAUGAUACCAUUUUGUACAAAUUUAUAAACAUAUUUUAAUGUAUGGAAUAAAAAUACA